AUGCUCAUUGUAUACCUUCAGUUGGUUGAGGGUGUUAGAGUAUUGAGAGUUUAUUGCCAAUUAGACUGCAAGAAAGAUGGUAAAAGUAGGCAAGAGGCUCAUGACGGCACGUGCAAGGCCAUUGCUUUUGGCUACAUCUUUGGAGGCACUAUUCUAAUGCUCGGCAUUCUUCUAUUGACACUAUACAUCUGCGGAAAAGUCCAUAACAUGAGUCUUGGUGAGACGUUCGGCCGACUGCGAGACGCAUUCCGUGAUUCCAAGCCUUCACUCAAUUAA